CUUCUCUCUCGGUCUCACGUCGAGUGUCUUUCUCGUUCUUCCGUCAUAUUUCCGUCAUAUCUCCGUCAUAUCUCCGUCCACCGAGCUAAAUGUCGAAAGCCGAAGUCCCCUGGCAGAAGCUGCUUCGGAGAUCGUACUCUGUAAUAACGAGGGAUCAAACCAAAAGGUUUUCGUUCUGACCUUAUCGUACGCCCGGGCUCUCCUUUAACGUACGCACUCUCUCAACACAGGUAGAGAGAGAGGGAGAGGGGAACCCCACUUGCAGAUUUGAUUUUAGAGAGGAUUCACUUUGAACUGUUAAUUGAUUCUCUGCCAUCAAGGGUUUUGUUUGGGACAUGGAAGCAAACAAAUGAAACCCAUGUCUGUUAGUGUCCGGUUCAUGCAGCAUGUCGGCCUGGAUUUGGGUGCAAUGGAACUGCAAGGGUCGCAUAUAGAAGAAGAAAAGGUUUGAAGCUUUUGAUUUUCUCGGAGAUCGAUUUUCCCGAGAAACAAAAAAUGGCGAACCCUUGGUGGGUCGGAAACGUCGCCAUGAGAGGCAUAGAUCACCACCCAGUUACAUCAUCAACUCCAUCGUUGCAGCUCAUGAGCGCAACCAAUCUGACAGACGAAGAUCGGAUUAGGCUUAACCGGUCGGAUCCAAGAUUGAUCCAAGACUUCACCAACACCAACGACAGCGGAAGUCCAAACGCUCAAAGCCAAGAAGAACAGAACAGCCGACUAGAACCAAGUCAAGAUAACCUACUUGAAACCCAGUCCGGGUAUGGGUCCGGGUCAGGUUCCGGCUCGAUCGCCCGACGCCCGAGGGGUAGACCCCCCGGUUCGAAGAACAGACCCAAAUCUCCCGUUGUGGUCACAAAGGAGAACCCCAACUCCCUGCAAAGCCACGUCCUCGAAAUAGCAAGCGGAGCUGACGUGGUGCACAGCCUCAGCGCCUUUGCGAGGAGGCGAGGCCGUGGCAUCUCGGUGUUGAGCGGAAGCGGCACGGUGACCAACGUGACGCUUCGGCAGCCUGCUGCACCAGGCGGGGUAGUGAGCCUGCAUGGCCGGUUCGAGAUCCUGUCAAUGUCCGGAGCGUUCUUGCCCGCCUUAGGCUCUCCAGCUGCAGCCUCGGGUUUGACCAUUUACCUGGCGGGAGGGCAAGGUCAGGUGGUGGGAGGCUGUGUUGCUGGGCCUCUAGUGGCCUCGGGUCCAGUCAUAGUCAUGGCGGCUACCUUUAGCAACGCGACAUAUGAGAGGUUACCGGUAGAGGAUGGUAACCAGCCGGAGAAGCAAGAAGAGCAGGAAGAAAACGAAGUGAACGAGGAGAAGAACGACGAUAAUGGUAACAACGAGACCGGGAACAGUAGCAACGGAGGGUCGAUGCCAAUGCCAUCGUUGAUAUAUAAUAUGCCUCCUAACUUCAUGCCAAAUGGACAAUUUCCUCACCAUGACGCGUUUUGGGGUGCUCCUCCUCCACCCCGUCCUCCUCCUCCUCCUCCUCCGUCGUAUUGAAGCAGAUAAACAUCGGAACGAGGGUUUGGAUCGAUCCAUCGAAUUCUUUCGGAUUUGCUUGUCUGUUCCUGUUUGGUCUCGAACUAUAUAAUUGGGAGAGUCAGAAGAAAAAGACUUAGGGUUUUCUUGACUGAGUUUUGAUCACAAGAUAGCAUUUUUGUGAAGGGAAAUGCUUGUAGAAUCUCACCUCUGAUAUGUUUUUGCCAAAAGAUUUGGAAGACAAUAAAACUUUGGGAGAGAAAAAGGAUUUUCGCUACAAAAGCUUUCGGGUUUUUUGAAUGUUUAAGCCUUCCUUCACUUCUUUUUUAGGGUUCUUAAUUCUCUUCGUUUUUCUGCUCAUCGUGUAAUCUCCAUGCAUACAUAUAUACAUAUAUAUGCAAGGGAAUAGUCGAUACAUUUGCUUGGAGGAAAAUUUCAUGUUGAGCUUCUAGGUCUUUUGCCUUUAUAUGUCAUUUGCUUGUUGUUUGGCAUAUACCCUUCUUAGGACUCG